CUCAUCUACCACAGACUCCAGACAAGUACCCUGAUCUGGGAGGUGCUUCUACGGGCGCCUGGAAUCGUUGGACAAUCUUCAGGGGGCAAAGUACGAGGCCACGCGCGGUCUUUCCCUCUCCCAGUCCGCGGCCAACGAUGGGCAGAAUCAACCUCACGGCGCUCAAUGUCCGCAAGACGGCGAUCAAUACCAGUAACUUGAAAGGCACAAAAGACGCAGUUCAUCCAUGCUGGGCCGGAGUUCUUAGUGAAAUUCCUCCCGCACAGGUUCUCAUCCGUCAGCAACCUAUCCACCACACUUUUACCAAGACGCGCACCCGAUCUCUUCCAAACGGCAAAAAGACACAGUACACUCGGCUGGUGGAGCCAAAGAAGUCAAAGUCAGCAGCGACGAACCGACGGCUGUUUUCUCCUGAGAAGUUGAGAUACGAGGAGGACGCUCUGCGAAAAAGAUUCUUCCAGGACCAUCCAUGGGAACUCGCACGGCCACGGAUGGUUCUCGAGACAGAUGGUCAAAGGCACAAGGACAUUGACUGGUCGACAGGCAUCAUGCAACCAGGAACACCUUUGUCUGGUGAAUCAGUCGUACAACGCCAGCUUUGGCUUCUGGAGAACAUGCCCGACAUCACACUCGCCCAAGCCUACGAUAUUGCCCGCAAAGAGUUCUACGCGCUCCGGCGGCGGGAAGAAACUCGAAAUCGGAUUGCCGCCGAAGAAGCCCAACACAUGGGUGCUCAGUUUGGCAUGAGCUGGAACAAGGUCGGCAUCAAGAUUGAAGGUGGAGUCUACAAUGAAUGGGAGGCAUGGGGUAGGGAGCGGCUGAUCGAGCAAUUGGCCAAGAACGCUGCACUGGCUGGAAAUCCCCAAGCUGCGGAAGAGCAAGCAUCAGAACAGGAGAACAGUGGUGCGGGUUCCAAAACGGGCCCUGCCAGGGUGGCCACCGGCAGCGCCGUUUUCAAAGAAGAGCAAAAUCGAAACCAGGUCGUGGGACGGUCCAGGCCUUUGACUGACCUGGUGAAUGAGCUUCAGGCAUGAACAAGUGUACAAUAGAGCAGGAUGCGGUUGGGGGAAAGACGGCGCAUGGAUAGAUGAUGUGGUUCAGCUACUCUACAUAUCCAGUGGCAUCACGAGCAUGGCUGUUAUAGGCCUUGUCAUCAACAGUAAUGUCUCUGACACUCUGAAUAUAACAGUGAGUAUGGCUUUG